GUAUCUGCAGCCGGCAUGCUGGCAAGGGGCGCACCCUUAAAGAUAACCCCGCCCACACAUGUUGAGCCUCCUUAUCUAACAGCAACAACCGGCAUUUCAGACAAAUUCAACCGACGCUUCAGUGAGACUGCAGCCAUCACUGGACCACUGAGCAGAAUGUGGGGGGCGGUGGUGGUCGGCAUCGGCACCGCCGGCGCCGUGCGGAUCAGAGACAUGUUGAACCCGUUACCUGGCAACGCCGCAGAGAAGCUGAGCGUCCGAGGAUUCAUAUCCAGGAGGAAGCUGGACAGCCACCAGGAUGUGAGCCAGAUGUCGGUGGAGGAGGCGCUGAGCAGGGAGGACGUCCACGCUGCCUUCAUCUGUACUGAGAACGACUCUCAUGAGGAGUUUGUCAGGAAGUUUUUGCAAGCUGGGAAACACGUGUGUGUGGAGUAUCCCAUGACGCUGUCCUACCAGGCUGCUGUUGACCUUUGGGAUUUGGCCCAGAAAAAAGGAGUGGUUCUACAUGAGGAGCACAUUGAGCUGCUGACAGAAGAUUACAAACAGCUGAAGAAAGAAGUGGAGGGAAAAACUCUGCUGGAAGGUUCUCUUCACUUCACUGGCGGCGCUCUGAAACCUGGGUUUGGUUUCCUAGCAUUCAGUGGAAUCGCUCGCCUCUGUUGGCUGGUGGACCUGUUCGGCGAGCUUUCAGUCACGGCAGCGACCUUUGAGCAGGACGCUGACAGAGGCUACACCAAGAUGACGGCGCAGCUGCUAACCUCUGAUAGCAGGUGUUUGACGUGGGUGGAGGAGCGGCAGGCGGGCCUUCCAAGGACCAAGAAGAUCAACUUUGUUUUUGACGGCUUGGUUCUGACCCAGAUUCCUCCUGCACCCAGUGGGACCGUUGGACUCUUUAUGCAGGAUCUGGUCCUCUUCUCCUCCAAGCUGUCGGGGGGAGUGAGUCCUGAGGAGCUGGACCGAGAGAAGACCAGGAUCCUGCACUGCUUCGAGCUGGCAGAGCGGAUCCAGCAGCUCAGUCACAUUUAGACGCUCCUGCUGUCAAUCAGCUGUUUUCUGCUCGUUCUAUUAAACCUUCUUCCUGCAGCCCUC